AUGGCGUUUUCUCUGAGAAACGAUCCCCGCAGGCCGGAGAGCCCUGACCCCGAGUCUCCGGCCCUGUCCACUUGCAGCAACGCAGACGUCUUCCGCAGGAUUAACAACAUGCUGGGCAACGUGGUGGACUUCACCGGUGUGUGCACCACACCCAAUAAUGCCAAGGGGAGGUCUGACCUGCGGAUCUCGGACCGAACAGAGUCGGAGCUGGCUGCGGUGGGCAGCAGGAGGAUGCUCUUCCCCAACUGUGGUGGCAUGCCUGGCUCCCAGGACAUGCAGUCAUCCAGGGGCCCGCCGGGUGUCACAGACCUGGGCCUGGGCCUCCAGUCUCUCCGUUUGUCCGGCUGGGACAGACCCUGGAGCAGCCAGGAGACGGAUACACACACUUCUCCCUCCCAGGUUCAGACUAGCUCACCCUCCAUGCUAGGUAUCCUGAACAGUCCCUUCAGCAGUAUCCUUGGGAAGCCCCCAGGCUACCUGCCCCCCGAUUCCAUGAGUAUGACUGCUGACUUCCUGGAGAAGUUCCCUGGCAUGGCUCGCAUGGCAAACCGACUGGACUCUAGCUCCUUUCUGGACUCGCGCUCCAGCAGUCCUGAAGACUCAGAGACCAGCGGCUUCAGCUCUGGCUCGGACCACCUCUGUGACAUGCUGUCGACUUUGCGGAUUUCCCCUCCCCUGCCUUAUCUUGCAUCAAACAUGCAGAAGGAUUUGCUGCGACUGGGCUCCCGUCUGGACUCCCAGGACACCAGUUCUCCUUUGACCCCCCCACCCAGUGCCAGCCCCUCCUCAGCCCUUUCCCGUCGCUGGCGUUCUGCCUCCCCAUGGCCUGGUGCGGACAUGCUUGACCAGUCUGAUGAUACAUUCAGCAUUGAGAGGGAAGCCCGCCUGCACAGACAGGCUGCAGCUGUGAAUGAGGCCUCGUUCACCUGGAGCGGCCAGCUGCCUCCCAGAAACAACAAGGAUCCUCUGUACUCCUGCAAGGUCUUUCUUGGUGGCGUGCCCUGGGACAUCACAGAAGCUGGCCUGAUCAACACCUUCAGCGGUUAUGGCCCUCUGACUGUGGAGUGGCCGGGUAAGGAUGGAAAGCACCCUCGCUGUCCUCCCAAAGGUAAUGUGGCCAAAGGCUACGUUUACCUGGUGUUUGAGAAUGAGAAGUCCGUGCGGGCGUUGCUCCAUGCCUGCUCACAGGACCCGUUUCACCCCGAGGAUAACAGAGAGUACUACUUCAAGAUGUCCAGCCGCAGAAUGAGAUGCAAGGAUGUUCAGGUGAUCCCCUGGGUGAUCUCUGACAGUAACUAUGUGCGCUGUCCGGCUCAGCGUUUGGACCCCAGCAAAACAGUGUUUGUUGGCGCACUGCAUGGCAUGCUGAAUGCUGAAGCGUUGGCCAGCAUCAUGAACGACCUGUUUGGAGGAGUCAUGUACGCUGGCAUCGACACUGACAAGCACAAGUACCCCAUAGGCUCUGGACGUGUCACUUUCAACAAUCAGCGCAGUUACUUAAAGGCUGUAUGUGCAGCAUUUGUGGAGAUCAAAACCCCCAAGUUUACAAAGAAGGUCCAGAUUGACCCGUACCUGGAAGACUCCAUGUGUCAAGUUUGCCUUCGUCAACCCGGGCCUUUCUUCUGCAGAGACCAGGCCUGCUUCAAGUACUACUGCCGCUCUUGCUGGCACUGGCAGCACUCCAUGGACAUCUUGAGCAACCACCGGCCCCUCAUGCGCAACCAGAAGAACAGGGAUUCUAGCUAA